AUGGCAUCCUCCGAGCCCGCCGUCCGAGCCAUGCUGUCCAAUUUGUGCCGACAAUGUGCACGGGCGCCUGCCCGGCCACGGCCGCUCUCUACUGUGAACGCCGCCCGGCGUCUGCCCACCACGGCGACACGAACGCGGUCCACGCUCGCUACGCCUCCGGCUGCUUCAGCCAAGGUGUCUUCGAUGUCGUGUACGUCCGAUUCGCGGCCACGGUGGCGGGCCGACGCUGCCGCCUCGUCCACAGCGACGCUCCUCCACCCCACAUCCGCGACGCAGAAGCGGAGGAGCUCAACAUCCGUGUUUGCGGCCAAGACCGACAACGCGCAGCAGCCCAGCGCGGCGUCUGUCGCGGCACACGAGAAGGAGAACCGGGUGCUGGCCGAGAACGACCUGUUCCACUCGUACACGAACUCGCCGAUCGCCGACAUGCGCAAGCGUGCCGCAUUCAUCAAGAUGCAUGCGCACUGCCCGCACCCGCACCACAAGAGCACACACCUGCCGGCGGCCGAGCCACGGCUCAAGACGACGCUGGCACGGUUUGAGAACGGCAGCGAACUGCCGCCGGCACACGUGGACUUUGAGUGCCCGGACUGCGGCAUACCGGUGUACUGCAGCGAGGAGCACUGGAUGGACGACUACGAGGCGCACCUGGAGAUUUGUGACACGCUGCGGCAAAUCAACGAGGACGACCACGACCUGCGGUCGGGCCGGCUGUUUCCCGAGUUCGACUACCCCGGUCCGCAGAUGGAGGAGGCGCUGGUCAACAUGACCAACUGGGACACGCUCAUGUACACGCGCGGCUUCAACGCGAUCAGCGACGACCGCAGCAUGCGGCAGGUGACGCGGCUGCUGACGUAUCCGGUGACGAUUGCGAGCGUGCUGCACGAGCUGAGCCCGUACAGCAUUCGCAAGGGCGGGCAGCUGACCACGGAGGGCCUCAAGAGCUUCAGCGCGCUGCGCUACACGCUGCACCCCCCCAAGUCCGGCGAGAGCGACAGCAUCAAGGGCCUGCGGCCGCAGGCGCCGGCGGUGCGCUUGUUUGUGCUGGGCGCGCGCGCCGAGUCGUCGCUGCCGCGCGACGUGUGGGUGCAGCUGGCGCACCUGUUCCCGAGCGCACGCAUCCACCUCAUCUUUAUCGGGCCCGAGAGCAUGACGAACCGCGACGACGAGUUCCCGCUGCCGCCACGGACGCCCGCGAACCCGUUCGGCGCCAUCGUGGAGGACCGCGUGUGGCCGUCGAUGAAGAUUAGCACGAUUGUGGACUACUACCACACGGUGCACAAGACGGGGUACUUUUACCCGUACGACCCGUACUUUGACUGCUUUAUGCUCUUCCACCCGGGCCUGGGCCACCCGGCGAGCUCACACGAGUGGGCGGAGACGGUGCCGCUGCUCCUGGAGACCAAGGCGCCCAUCCUGGUCACGGGCUACACGCAGUACGACAUGGAGCGCGACAUUGAGUGGGUGAACAAGACGGCGCGCGGCGAGUUCGACCUGCUGAUGCAGCCGGGCGAGAACAUCUUUCGCAGCCAGCGGUGGGAUCUCAACGACAUGGACCCGCAGGACAUUAGCUGCGGCAACUGGGGCCUGUGGGCCUUCCGCGGCAAGAGGUAA